GACUGGCCAUUAUUUCAACAGGUUUCAUUUCACACUGGAUCCCUGUUUUGGUGUUGACCAUUACUUUACAAUAAUUGAUGUCCUGUUCAUGGCAGCAAUUGAAUCUCUCUAUCUAUCUUUCUCUGUCUCACACACGCAGGCACGCUCUCUCAUAUAAGCACGCACUCGUUCUCGCGCUCUGUCGCUCUUACUCUCUAUUUCCCCUCUCAAUUACUUUUUGGGGUUUUCCACAGAAGUUAAAGAAAUGCAAUGUCCGAUAAACAACUGAUGGCAAAUAUGAAGCAUUCUGUCAGAUAGACUACAAUGUGCAGAUUGCAGACGCGUAGCGCGAGUGCAGUGUACCAGUGGCGCCAUCUACAAGGUGAGCAAAGAAGAAUUCGACACAGCUCCGGACUCUCUCUCGGAGGAAUACGGAGUGAGGAUUACACAGUUUCCUCAACGAAUCAGUUGUACUAUAGACAAUGUCGUGGAGGUAAAUUGACACCGAACCUACCUGAAUAAACACGGAUGGUGACUUCAUAGACAACAAGCAUUUCGAGAUGGCGUCAGGUUGGCAGCACUUUCACAAAGACAUCAGAGAGGGAAUACAAGCCUCCGAGUCGUCUGCACUCUGUGUGCACCUGCUACCAGCACUUUGCCUAAUCUGCAGGCCAUCGAUUACACAGCACUCUGAAAAUGUGGGCAGAGCCUGAGGCCUGAGUUAACAGAUCGCCUGCUGCUGCUGUGUGCGUGGCACGGAUCGUCAGUGACUCUCUUGGAGGAAGUGUGUGUGUUUGGCCUUUGAAGAGCUCUCAUCCAGCACACAGUGGCCCGGUCCUCCCCCUUCACCCCAUCAUCCUCCCCACCCACCUCUCUACAGCUAGCGACAGACGCCGGACAAUAGUCUCUCCAAGAUUUAUGAGGUCCUUGUGGUGGCCUGGCUCUUUGUCAAUAAGAGGGGUUUUAUUUCACCACUUUUUUUUCUCUUGUCUUCUUCCUCUGAAAAAGGUGUGGGACCCAACUGUGAAAUGGGAGACGGCUGUUUGACAUGUGAAGCCCGCCUGGAGAAAAUGUCUGCUUUCAGGCCUGGAUAUAAGGAAUUACUCAACAAGAAGGAAACGUCACUGUACGGAAUGUCGUUUUCCCUCUUCCCUUCUCAUUAACAACAACAUGUCGGAUUGUCCUGACCCUGCAAAUGCUUAGUGUCAAAAUAACAAUGCACCUACAGAAUAUGAGGACAAUGUGCAACAUUUCUUUCUGCAAUGUGGACUCAAAGAUCGACCAGUACUUCCAGCCUACGCUGUACAUCAUUGUCAUCGUCCUGGGCCUGCCCACCAACUGCAUGGCUCUUUGGGCGGCUUACUUGCAGGUGAAGCAGAAAAAUGAGCUGGGCAUCUACUUGAUCAACCUCUCCGUGGCUGACCUCCUCUACAUCGGCACCCUGCCCCUAUGGAUCGACUACUUCCUCCAGCACGACGACUGGAUUCACGGCCAGAAUUCCUGCAAGCUGUUCGGAUUCAUUUUCUACACCAACAUCUACGUCAGCAUCGCCUUCCUCUGCUGCAUCUCCAUCGACCGAUACCUGGCCGUGGCCUACCCGCUCAAGUUCGCCAAGGUCCGGAGGGUCAAAACCGCCGUGCUGGUCAGUUCCGUGGUGUGGACCAUCGAGAUAGUGGCCAACUCUGCACCCCUCUUCCACGACGAGCUCUUCCAGGACCGUUUCAACCACACCUUCUGCUUCGAGAAGUACCCCAUGCAAGACUGGGUGGCGGGCAUGAACCUUUACCGGACCUUUCUGGGUUUCCUGGUUCCCUGGCUGCUCAUGCUGGGUGCGUACCGGGGCAUUCUGCGGGCGGUGCGUGGCAAUGUGUCCACGGAGUGCCACGAGAAGGCCAAGAUUAAGCGCCUGGCGCUGAGCCUAAUCCUGAUCGUAUUGCUAUGCUUCGGGCCAUACCACGUGCUCCUGCUGUGUCGCAGCAUCCUCUUCCUCCAGAAGCCCUGCGACUGUGGCGCAGAGGAGGACCUGUUUGCAGCCUACCAUGUGGCACUGGCGCUCACCAGCCUGAACUGUGUGGCUGACCCCAUCCUCUACUGUUUUGUUAACGAGGGCGCACGCCAUGACGUCGGUCACGCGCUCACCACCCUGCUGGGGGUCUUCAAGCGGAACUCGCCCGCGCCAGCUGAUGCACUGACAGCUGGCUCUGUCACCUUGGAGACACCACUGUCCAUCAAGAAGCAGCUGGGCCUGUACAGCGAGGUCAAGGCCAGCACCUACAAGACAGAGCUGGUGGCCCUCAAAGAGGAGUGUCUUCAGAUGACCAUACUCGGUGUUAAGAAAUGAACAGCCAUCCUGAUCCGCAAUGGGCGGAUAUGAGAAAACACAAGACUAUGUGGAAGUGGGGGAUGAUUCCGUUUAUGUAGAAUAGAACGUGGGGGAGAUUUUAGAAUUCUCAUGUGAAAUGUUUUAUCAGUUUUGGGGAUGACACCUCAUUAUGUACCUCAAAUGGUAAACUGCGAUUGAAAUGUGUUUGAUACAGAUGAAAAUAAUCAUAUCAUGAUUGACCACGAGUACAUUGUGACGACAGUAAGAAAGACCACACUAAGUUCAGUCGCAUAGAUGUGAUGCAACGUGAAACUAAGGAUGUUUGCCAUCAAACUGUGUCUUUCGCCACCUCGUCAUCUAUUGUAGGUAUGUGUUCUGGGUGGGACAGAGUUAUCUAACAAUGGAUUUGACAUGUUUACAUUUCUCUUUCAAUGAGCCUCCAGAUGCAUUGUAACAGCUCCAAAAAUCCUAAAUGUGUUCUGUCAGCCGGAGAGUGAAGCACAAUGCUACGUGUUUGUGUUCGACAAUUUCACUGGGAAAUAAAUUAAGUGUAUCA